UUUUACAUUAAAACACAUAGUGUUAUCUGCUAUUGCGAGUAUAUAAAGAAAAGAAUUUCAUCAAGUUUUCAUUGUUUCUGUUCCAAGUAACGUUGAAAAUUUUGUCAAUAUUAAUUUUGAAAAACAUGAAGUAUUUGAAAGCAGUUUUAUUAAUUGCCUUUGUUAAUGGUUAUGUUUCGUUUGCUACAGCAGAGAAAAAACCAUUCAAAAGUUUUACAAUUGCUGAAUUGAAGCAAUUAUGCUAUCAGCAGAAUAUAAAUUAUAAUUCAUUGACUAAACCACGAAAUUUAACAGAGACACUUAUUCGUAACACUAUUACAACUUGUAAAGGUUCUGCUAACAAACAAUUAAUUAUAGAUUUAGUUAAUGAAAUACUUCCUUGUUUUGACAAUGAAAAUAAACCAAACAAAAUCGAAUUAGAAACAAUUUACGAGGAUAUUAAAGAAAAAGCAUGCAUCCUAUCCGAAAUAGUCAAUUUUAGGAUGACUAAUGUGCAAUGCCUUGGAAAUGAAGACAGUCCAUACUUCACAUGUGUGAAUGAAAAUUCGAAAAAAUUAAAAAGUGAUCCGCUCUUCUAUAUACUUGCAAUGACUCAUUCAGAUGAAGAAUGUCCCCUAUAUGCAUCUUUCAAUAAUUGCGCGAAGGAGGCAGUGGCUAAUAACUGUGCUUCUGAAGCUCAAAGAUUGGAAAAUAUACUGAAUAAAUUUAUGCUCAGUAUGAAUUGUACCUACACUUUUAGUUUAAAUCAAUCAAAUUUUACUGAUUAUUCGACAAAAUUCACGAAUUCAAUUAAACCAGAGUCAAUUGAUUCUAACCAAGGUUAUGUUUCGUUUGUUACAGCAGAGAAAAAACCAUUCAAAAGUUAUACAUUCACUGAAUUGAAGCAAUUAUGCAAUCAGCAGAAUAAAAAUUAUGAUACAUUGAUUAAGGCACGAAAUAUAACACAGGCACUUAUUCGUAACACUACUUCAAGCUGUAACAGUACUACUAACCAACAAUUAAUUAUAGAUUUAGUUGAUGAUAUACUCCCUUGCUUUGACAAUGACAAUAAACCAAACGAAAUUGAUUUAGUAACAAUUUACGAAGAUAUAACAACAAAAGUAUGCAUUUACUACGACAUAGUCAAUUUUAGGAUUGUUAAUUGGGAAUGCUUUGGCAAUAAAAGCAGUUCAUACUUCAGUUGUGGGAAUAAAAUUUUGAAAAAUAAAUUUUUAAUAUCUGACAUGCUCUUCUAUGUACUUGCAAUGACUCAUUCAGAUGGAGAAUGCAACUUAUAUACAUCUUUAAAUAAGUGCGCGAUGGAGCGUGUGGCUAAUAACUGUAAUUCUGAAAUUCAUAAGUUGGAAAAUUUACAAAGUAAAUUUAUGCUCAGUAUGAAUUGUACCUACAAUCUUAAUUUAAAUCAGUCAAACUUGAUUAAUCAAAAUUGAUUUUGUAAAAAUUUACGAAUUCGCAAUUACUUCAGAAUCGACGUCUCCUGCAACCAUUCCCAAGUAGCAUGUAAUAUUACAGUAAUAUUACUGUAAUAUUAAAAUGUCCGCUUUUUGGUAAUAUUACAAAAAAUUUCAAAAACCACUUAAAAAUAUUUGACUGAUUAAUUAUUAUCUUUUUCUGUUUUAUCAUCAAAAAUAUUUUGAAAUUUUUAUGUUUUUCAAACAAGCGUGUACCUACAGUAGCAUUAACCGGUAAUAUUACCAUGAGGCGAACAUUUUAAUAUUACUAUAACAUUACGUGCUACUUGGUUUUAAUUAAUUGAUUCAAAUCAUUAUUUGUAAUCUUUGUAUAUUUAAAUGCUUGAAUGAAAUAUAAAAAUUGCAAAACCCCAUAA